GUCACAUGACCAGCGGCCGCUACACGUAUCACCGGUCAGCAGACGGUGUUUUGUCAGUUUCGGACACAGCGAUGGAAAGUUUUCUGUGGAUACGGUUGGAUAUAUCAGACGAAUGAUCGCAUUGUUUUCAUUCACAUCAGACAUUUUGACGUGUGAGAUCAACAUUAAAAUGGACAUUCGCAAAAGUUUUCUCAGAGCACUUAUGAGAGGACAGCAUGAUGCGAGAUGCAUCUAGGAGAACAACUUGCCCAAACAAAUCCACAACUACGCUCUAUACACAUCAUCGGACUUUUUGGACAAUUUUCGAAACAAAAUCUUUACCACUCUCUUUGGAAUCCCAGAUUUUUCAGUAGCAGAAACCGUUGUGAAUCUGCAGGCCAAACCCAUGGCCAACAGAGGUUACCUCACCGCCCCCCACAGACUACUACCUGGCUACACAUCCUUGUCCACAUCCAGGAGUAGUGUGGGGGUCAACUCCAACUCGCAGUCUAGUCCAGAGUUUUCCUACGACGCCAUUCCAAGAUCGUUGUCAGACAGGAGCAUCGGGAGAGAGAGCUCCGCCUACAGCAGAUCUACCACCUCCACCAACCAGGCCCUAACCAUGGCUUACCCUAACGUCAAUGAAUUUCCCUACGGUUUGUCUGGAGUCCAGAUGCCAACCUAUAACUUUGGCUCAGAAUUGUACAACUACGUCAGCAAUGGCUUCCCCAGGAAGUCUAGAAUGUGCACGUUCUGCAACAAAGUCUUCACGAGAUCCACAACCAGACGCUAUCACGAGCGGCGAUGUCCUCUGCUCCGCGCCUCCAACAGCCUGGCCAAAAAUGAAGAAAACAACACAGCUGCAGCAGUGGCAGCCGCAGCAGCCCUGAAAGAGCAGCAGCAGAGGCACAAGGAAGUUUCCAGCAACCUCCCGUCUGCUCCACGUACAGCUAAUCCCUCCAUGUCGGCCGUUUCCCAGGAGAGAAACAGUCUGCCCUCAGCCCCCACCCCAGCAUCACCCCCUCCACAAACCCUCCACCCAGCCUAUCCCACAUCUUUCCCUGCCACUACAGCUCUAGGCACGAGUCCAUCCCGAAGUGCUGCUACAGCUUACAGCUACGCACACUACGGCUCCCAUUUCUACAACUCCAUAUCAGCCGCUGCGCUAGCCUCCCUUGACCAAAACAGCAACACACUCCAAGCAAAGAAAGAGUCAGAUUCCACCUCAUGGACCUCCUCCCCUUCACCCUCCUCCAAAGGUCGAGACCACGUCAACCCCAGCUCUAUUCUCGGCAUAGCGUCCUUGUCCAAAGUGUUGGACUCUGGUGUUGACCUGACGGCCAAAUACUGCGCUGACUUCAGCAUCAGGACCCAGCCGCCCGUGUUCCCUACAAGUUCCUUACACAGCACGCCCAGAUCUCCCGGCUCACCUGAGCCAGGCGAGACCAAGCCAGAUAGAACAAUGAUGGACAGGUCCAGGGCCAGCCCACAGGACUUCACCAGAGGCCACCAUGAGCGGGCGUCAAGUCAUCAUGAGCGGGCGUCAAGUCAUCAUGAGCGGGCGUCAAAGUGCCCAGAAAAGAUCACAAAAGCCAACAUAUCUGGAGCCAGGCUAAAAAUGCCAUCUGCAUCACCCCCUCCCUUGUGGAGCAACAAAGCUAGGGUUGAACGAGCGCAAGAACAGUACAUGUCAGUGCAACCAGUUGAUGAUGAAGAGGAGGAUGAAGAUGAUGAAGAGGAAGAUGAGGAAGAAGUAGAAGAGGACGAAGAGCAGUUCAAUGAGGACAACCUCGGUGAUGAUGAUGAUAAAAAGUCCAAUGGAUGUGAGGCACCUCUGAAGAGAAGCCCCUCGUUUGAUCCUUUAGUCUGUCAGUUCUGUCAAAAAUCUUUCUCUGACACGAUCACCCGCCAGGCACACGAGGCUCUCCAUUCUCAGACCAAAUCUUUUGCCUGUUCACUUUGUUCCAAUGCGUUUCACUGUGCUUACAGUCUUAAAAUCCACUUCUUGCGACACCACAAUGAGGGACCCUACAAGUGCAAACAGUGCAGCCAGCCCUUUGAAGAGAUUAUGGCCCUGAAGGAUCACCUCAUCUCUGAACACUCUCUGCCCAAGCAGGAGAUGUGUUCCCUCAAGUACUUCCCCCUCUUGGACAGCUCAGAGAACAACCCAAGCUUGCCACACAAUUCAGCUCUGUCAGACGGGGAAGCAGAUUCAAAGGAAAGAAAUAUGUCGAUGCAGCGCCGAAGUGCAGACAGUUUGCCAGAUGUCCUCAACCAUUCUGACCAGACAACGAAGAAACUUCAAACCAACGAAAUCGAUUCCCUAGCUGGCGGUGACCUGGCUAACGAAGACACAGAGACGUGUAAAGUUUGUAACAAAACAUUUGCUAAAUCUUUUAUCCGCUUCCACGAGAGGGCGCAUGCAGACCAGAAACCCUACGAGUGUCCAAUCUGCAACAAGAGGUUUGGCUACAAGAACAACAUGAAGUCUCACAUGAAGCUGCACCAGGGGCUCAAGCCGUACCAGUGCCAGAUCUGUGGAGCCAGGUUUACCAGGGGCUCCACACUCCGCCGCCAUGGACGUCGUCACAACAUCUCCAGGAACUCAAUGCUGGACUACGUGCUGUACGACCAAACAGGAGCUUCAUCCAGGCCUGCUGUCAACAGCAAGUCAAGCACAGUUUCUCCCUCUGCUGGCUCACACUACACUACACAGAGCAGGAAGACUCCUACUGAGCAGACGUCAGCUUACACACGACCUGCCCCACCUGUGACAGAGACUGAGAAGUGCACCCCUACGGGAAAACGCACCCCACCCAAAAGCACUCCCCAGAACCUGUCCCCUAGGAUGAUGCCCAGUCAGCUGAGCACCCAGGCCAUGUCUGGAAGUCUGGCAGCCGUGGCCGCUGCCAAUUUGUUUGCCUACCCUGCUGCUGCGGCCCCACAUCUGUACCAGUUCUACACCUCAGCCAAUCAGCUCAUGGGCUACUCUGCUUAUGCUUCAAGUAUAGCUCCAGCUGUCCAAUCAGAUGCCCUGAAUCUUAGUUUGGGAAAAAGAAAAUCCCCAUUUGAGGAUGUAGAUAGCCAAAUCCAAGAGAAAGUUCAGCGCAGAGAACCCGAAGUUCUGAAUGGGGUGAGCCCAAGUAAAAAGUGGAGUCAAGAGCCUAAAAUCAAAGUGGAAGCAGAAGAACCAGGAGAAAUGAUCAAAAGAGAAAAAUCAAACCCAUUUAUUUUCAACUUCUCUCCAAAAGCUGAACUACACCAGAGUACAGCCUCCAACCAGAAUGGCGUGCACCAGGAAAAGUUGUUUGAAAGUAAAGUUGAGUUAAAAAUCUCAACCGAAGACUUCGGAGCUCAAGUAAAUAUCUGCUGUCCUAGUCCACACUCAUCUCAUCCAGCUGCAAGUCCACUUGGCCCCUCCUGCAAUGGCACCAACCACCACCCCCAUGCCAGCCCAUCUGGACUGAGCUCACACAGCAGCCCAGCCAACUCCACCCACUCAGCCCCCAGCCCCAACAACAUCAGCGAGCACCACCUGCAGGAGCUGCUGGUGUCCCUGCUGGCUGCUGGCCGCAUGUUCCGCUGCGGCUACUGCGAGAUCUACUUCACCGAGUACGCCAUGUUCCGCCUGCACCAGAAGUACCACCAGUGCGACAUGACGCGGCCUUUCCUGUGCUCUGUGUGUGGGGAGGACUGCAAGGACAAGACCUACUUCACUGUUCACCUGUCUGAACACCUGGGACUUGGUAACAAGGCAGGACUUGCUUGAACACCUGGGUCUUGGUAACAAGGCAGGACUUGCUUGAACACCUGGGACUUGGUAACAAGGCAGGACUUGUGGCCAAACUCACAGAAUAAAGCCAUCUAUUUGAGAAAUUUUCGAAGUUAUUAUAUUUGAGAAAUCUAUCAUGCCAUUAUAUUUUGAAAAAUGAACAAAGCCAUUUUAUUUGAAAAUAAACAAGACCAUUAUACUUGAGAAUGAACAAAGCCAUUAUAUUUGAGAAAUAAACAAUGCCAAUAUAUUUGAAAGAUAGUAUCAUGAGGUUAAAAUAACAAGUUGUGUUAACGAUGAAGACAUUGUUUUUGUUUGAUGGCGAUGUUCUCAGAUACUAUUCUGUAGUUAAAACUACUGGAUAUAGUUUGUGUAUUUGCAGGAGAUUCUAAUUCUAUUUGUCUGAAUUUGUAAUUGUUUCAUUGUGCUGACGGCCGAUCUUUCAGAUGUUUUCUAUAAUCAUCAUCAGGGAAUGUUUGUUUAUCUUGACCUUUGUUGAACUUGCUUGUCUUUUCAAGGCUUUCAAGAGCUACUUUUAGAUGCUGAUAACGUUUCCAAUUUGCAUAAUGCUACGGGUAAUGAAGCUGUGUAAGGUUGAAUUAUUUUUCAACUUUGAAUGUCUUGUCACUGCUGUUACCUCAUGGGAUCAUAUAGUUUUGUCAUGCUUACACUGUUGCUUGCUCUUCAGCUUCGAUUUUCAUUUUUGGCCACAGUUUAAAAAGUAAAAAUUUUGAAUUAAAAAUUUGAUCAGUUCAAUGAUACUGCUGAAACUUUUGAGAAAAUAUUUGAAUGAUGAGAAUUGUAAGAAAAUAGUAACUAUCUUGAGACAUUGUUACUUGUUUUAAAAAAAGAAACCUAAACUUUCAGAAACAACUUUUCUUCCUAUAAAACUACCUCAAGUAUUGUCUAUGUAUAUUUAUAUAUGACCACAAUGCAGGGAUAUAUUGCUUUAUACGCCAUUGAAUUCAUGUUUUCUUUUUGAAAAUAAAUAUGCAUGUUUCAUGUGAAAUUCCUUUUUAAUCUAAGUCACUGCCAAACAGUUCAUUUGCUUCUAAGCUUUGAAAUGAAUGUAUGUCUAGAUGCUACAGUUCUUGGCUACAUCUGGCUCUCCCUAGAUGAGAUGAUGUGUUUCUAGAUCAUAAAACUGCAUUUAACUGGCCCCAUGGUCAUUAGCCAAGCCUCAAAAUAGAAUAGUCAAUGUUGCCAGCUUUUUAAUAAGUUGCCAGUUUGACCACCAGCUGUUUGAGUUGGUUUCUCCCAUCAUACAUGGCUAGAGUAGGCUGGUGGAGACAGUAUUACAAAAGUCAUCAUUACAUGAAUACGGGUGCACUAGUAUACACGUUUUCUUUCAAUUUUGUCCAAGACUUGAUUGACCAAACUUGUAGCCACAGAUUUUUUCUUUCAAAUAAAUUUAUUUAUUUUGUACUGACAAUACGGGUAACAAAAGUCCAGUGAGCGACAGCUUGUGAUGUUUGCAUUAGAUCUCAGGCUUUCUACUGCAUUUUUUUAUACUGCAAUUUUGUUUCUUGUCAAUAGUCACUGUUUUUAUUCUACAGAUAAUUUUAAAUGCACUAUUAAAAACAAAAAUUCACAUUUUUUUGAAAAGAAACAAAUUGUUUCAUUUAAACUUAUUGUAAGUAAUCUCUCAGGAAAUUGUAAAUAUACUUUUCCCUAUUUUCUAAAAUCUAUAAUUUAAUGUAUUAUUUAUUAUUUUGAAAAAAGGUAUUUACAGUUUGCCAUUACAUUUUAAUAUUGCUUAAAUGAUUGUUACAUGUUUAGGGCAUUGUUUCAACAUUUUGUAAUGAAUUGAUAUAAACCAAUUGAUAAAGAUUAUCUAUAUAAUGAACAGAAAAAACUAAGUGACAGAUCCUGUAUGAAAACAAAUGACAGUUCCUAUCUGUAUGAAAACAAAAUGACAGAUCCUAUAUGAAAACAAAUGACAGUUCCUAUCUGUAUGAAAACAAAAUGACAGAUCCUAUAUAACUAAAACUUGUCAGAGCAUGGACUUUUGUCAAAUUAUAAAGUAAUAUGGCCAAGCCUUAGCUAUAUUCAUUAAAAAAUUGUUUUCAUGCCCAUUCAGACUGUUUUUUAUUGUUAAAAUCAGUCCAAUGAAAAUAUCAAAUUCUGGAUACAGUAUUUAAAUUUAAUAAUCUGCAUUUAGAAAAAAAUUUUAAUGAUUUUAUUUCUGCACCAUUUGAAUCUUGCGUGUUUCCGCUGUUGUUUGUUAGUUUGUCUGCCUAGAUUCAAUGUUUAAUGUCAACCCAAGUUUUUUUAAGCAUAUCUUUCUGCAGUGAUAAUGCAUUCUAUAUAUCUAAACUCAGGAAAGACAACUCAGGUGAUCCAUAGAACUAUUUGUAAAUAUGUGUCUUUAAUCUCACUCUACACACAUGUUUAGAGAUGAGCAUCUGUUUGAUUUCCUUUGUGCCACCUUCACUUUGUAAUACAUUAAAAACAGAAAUCUAAAAAAUCUUGAGAAAUUUGAUCUCUGGUGCAAUGUUGACUCACCAAGUUUUGUAGCUCAGGAAUUGUUGGACCUCAGGUUUCAUUUUUAAUAAAAGCUUUUUCUAUCAUUUAGAUAUCAAAUAUAAAUGCUGCCACAAAUUGUGUACAUUGAGAAAAGUUUUCUAUUGCUUGCCCACAUCCCGCCUAUCAAAUGACUAGUUGUACAUUCAGCAUUUUUUAACAUUGUUGACUUUUAAAGUUUGCUUCUGCGAUUAUUGCUUUGUAAUUUUUAAGCAGAAGGAAAUCUCAGAACAAAUAACACAAAUUUAUCACCUGUAUUAAUUAAUUAUCUUGUUAAUAACUUAUUUGCAUAAUUCAAAUGGUAGCGGCUUGCUGAUCUCAGGAAUGAAACAUAAGCAUAUUAUAACUUGGUUUUUCAGACGAAAAAUAAUGAAAAACACUAAAGCUUGUUAUUUAAACCAACCUUUUAUUCAUUGCAUUCAUUAUGUUAAAAUUACACAGAAACUUUUAUUCAGUAAACUCUGGUAUUAACUUGAAACAUAAUGUUUAAGAUCAGUCAAUUUUUCAAAAUUUUUUCCAAGUGUACCUCGACUCAUGAGAUGAAGAAUGGUUGGAUCCAAUUUAAUGUUCAGUUUUCUGUUCUGUUUACAUAACAUAGUAUUUAUGAAACAUUUUUAAUUUGUAAAAACUAAUCAGCAUUGAGAAUAAUUUCACAUCCCCAUUCAUGAAACAGAUUGUGUUCUUGUUGUUUCAUGGGAAAACUUGAUUUCAUCAAAUUAUGGACUACUGUUUUUCUAAUGACAUAAUAUUUUUCACCCACUACCUCGUCACUGUCCAUUCAUGCUACUUUAUAACUGGCUAUUUAUAGCUAAUUGGCUGGUCCUAAAACUGAAAUUUAAAUAAUGGCUUUCAUUUUCUGUUAUACAAACUCUGUUGUACCUGUUGUUAGCAGUUGCUAAGUUGUCCCCACCCCCUCUUACCUCCUCCCCCCUCACUCAGGCCAUAAUAAAUGGAUUCAGUGUGAUACUUGUAUACCAAAAUAGCUUUGAAACUUUGUAUAUUUGAUAGCUUUGAAACUUUGUAUAUUUAAUAGCUAUGAAACUUUGUAUAUUAUAUGACAGCUUUGAAAAUUUGAUUGUAAAUUUCAUGUCUUUUUUCUACAUGCUUUGUUUAUAUUUUUAAAAAUAAUUUUGUAUCCAAUGUUCAAGUUGGUUGCUAAGUUACAGGCAGUUUUGUUUGGCCUAGUUUAUUUUUGUGUGUGCCGACAAUUGCUGUAAAAUGGAAGGGUCAAGCAUGAACUACUGUGUCCAAUUAUGGUCAGUGAGUCUGGUUGUCAACGGCUCUUGUUUGGUUCUUGUCAGGUCCUUGAGAGAAAAUUUGCUUCAGACAUUUUUUAAAGUUUUGGGGCAUUUACAGACUUGAAACAAAUCUGUACAAAACCACUUUCUAACCUUUAAGAGAAACUCAGGUAUUAAACAUAUCACAAAGACUAAAAUUUUUAAAUUUAGAGAAGUUGUUUUUUGUCCUUGUACAUUAGAAAUUCAUGAUAUUCAAUAUCAUAGUAGAUCACUUUCAAACAGACACUUUUAGUUCUGAUAGCAUUCCAAGUAAGAUUUGCCAUUUGUUCUACAAGCUUGUGGGCCAUCCACACUAGCUGUGGGCCAUCCACACCAGCUGUGGGCCAUUCACAAGACACUGCACUGAAGGUCACUCAGAUAUUUUUGGUCUUAUUUUGUGCUGUUGUCAGUUGAUGACCAUAAAAGUGUAAUUAGUUAAUUAGUGUAAUUAAUUAAUGUCAAUGAGUUUCAAAUUUGAAACACAGAGUAAAUGAAAGGGUGUUAUACAAUUUCUGUAGAAAGGAUAUAUAUAUGUUCAUUAUAUUUCAAAUUUCUUCUUAAUCUGUUUAAUAUUUUAAUUAUAAUUCAAACUUCCUGUUUAUCUGUUUAAAAAUUGUCGUAAACCUUGUAUGACUUUCUUUAGUUUUCAAUGUUUAAAUUGAUGUACUCAAUUGAUCUGCUUUUUUUUUCUCUUUAAAAUUUCUAUACAUAAAAUUUUCCUCCUUUUUGCCAUAAUCAUUAUUUAAUUUUUUUGUGAAAACCGCAAGUGAGAAGCUUUUAUUUUCUUUUCUGUAAAGAUUUGCAUGUAUUUAUGUGUAGCCUCUCUAAUUGUCACUCACCAUUCACUACAUUGGCAUAGCGUCAUUUGCUAAAAAAAUUUUUUUGUUGUCAAUCAGCAUUUAUGAAGGUUGCUAUGGCAACCAAUGAUAUUCUUAAUGUAUAGGAUAUUUUUCAUGUUAAUAUUGUUUGAAAGUGUUUGAUAGAUGUUCACUAGUGGGUGUAGCCUCGGAGCUUGUACAAUCAUUGGCUGAACAGGGGGGUGUAUAAACCCAAAAGAUUGGGGUGAUUGUGUACUCUCCAGUUGAGAUCAGUUACGUGCUGAUUCUAGCCAAGCUCCAGGUUCAAUUGAUUGUUUUUAUAUUUGUUGAUGAAGUUUGUCAAAUUGUAAUCCACUAUGUAGUUACCUGUACAAAUAUCACCGCCAUUUGGCAAGUUAUUUUUCUGUGUGCUUUACAGCAUUUAAAUAUUGUUUCUAUUUUAUUUUAAUAAGCAUUGGGACACUAGGAAGUAAAACAAACAGCAAAAUUCUGUCUUAAGUGAAAUAUUUGAGACUGAUAAUUUAGGAAAAUUAAGACAAGUAAAAUGAGUACUUUAAACUGAAAACUUUUGUCAUAUUCCCAGGCACAGUUGGGGUAGAUUUGGUUAGUCCAGGCACAGUUAGGUAUGAAUAGUUAGCUGUGGUAGCCUAUAUAUUGUGUCAAUCAUUAUGUCACAUUGUAUAGCCUUUUUGUGUUAACAUUUCUAAUCAUCUUGCUUCGAUGUGUGUCAACUCAAGCAUUGUAUCUAUGUAUCAUUUUCUUUAGUUAUUUCUAUUUGUGCUGUACGCUAAAGUAGUGGCGUGGGUCCCAGAGAUGACCUCAACACCAGUGGUCACUCAUGGUAGUCAGCAAGGUCAGGCCAUUACUGUUGGUCAACUGUCCAUUAGCCAGGGUAUGGGUGUGUGGCUUGUGUCCACUGUGUUGUCCACCUCUGGAGCCCACAGCUGCUCCAGCUUCAUGUCAUCUAGUAGAUCAAGUUUAGCAGAGAGGGGAGGGCAGUCAAUUAUUAAACAUACUGUUCCAUUGA